AGUCCGGGUCCUUUGGAGAUGCUGGCAGUUGAGGAGCCUUUCCAGGGAAGCCAAUUUCUACCACUAGGUUCAUGGGAAUGGCAGCUGCCCAAGGAGAUGAAGCUGGACAUUGAGGAAGAAAUGAGUUCAUUCGAUGACGAUGACGACAGACAGACGAACCAAGACAACCAUCUUCCUCAGAGCAUUUCUGAGGCACCAGAAAAUGAGAUACUAAAAAGAGACAUCAUACCCUCCCAGCGUUGCAAGGAGGAAGUGAGGCCUAAGAACCAGGAGGAUCCAGAAGCAGAAUUGGAUUCCUCCAAAGGAAGCUUGGACGAAGUUGUUUCUGUUGGUAAAAGUGAUUCCGAUCCAGAAGAAGCCAAAACCAGCCAUAAAAUCCACGAGUGCCACUGUGGCAAACGUUUCCGGUGGAGCUCCAAUUUUCGGGCACAUGAAAGAAUUCACACCGGGGAGAAGGCAUAUACGUGUACGGAAUGCGGCAUCCCUUUUCGUAAAUCUGCCCAACUAAAGGCCCACAAAGGUAUUCAUACUGGUGAGGUUCCCUUUCAGUGUUCCAUCUGCCAGAAAACCUUUACCAGCAGCUCCAACCUCAUCACCCACAAGAGGAUUCAUACCGGAGAGAAGCCGUACCGAUGCACGUACUGUGGGAAGAGCUUCCGGCAAAAGGGGACUCUCACCAUCCAUGAAAAAAUCCACAUGGACGAGAAGCCUUUUAAAUGCUUGACAUGUGGGAAGACUUUCCGUCAGAAGGGAACCCUGAGCGUCCACGAAAAAAUCCACUUGGGAGAGAAGCCCUACAGAUGUUCCAGCUGUGGGAAGAAUUUCCGCACCGCGGCCGUCCUGAGGGUUCACGAAAGGAUCCACACCGGGGUGAAACCGUAUCAGUGCUCUGUGUGCCUGAAGAGCUUCACCGACGGGUCAAACCUCAUCACCCAUGAGCGAAUUCAUACCGGAGUGAAACCAUAUCAGUGCGCACGCUGUGGGAAGACCUUUUGUCAGAAAUCCGGCCUGAUGACACAUGAACGCAUUCAUACCGGAGUGAAUCCAUACAAACCCUCAGCUGAUCAGAAUCAUUUGGAGGGAACAUUUGAUCUUGAUGCCCAUCAGAAAGCAAAGCUGUGAGAGAGAUCAUAGACAGGUAGUCCUCGGCUUACAACGGUACAUUUAGGGACCAUUCGAAGGUACAACAGCACUGAAAAAAAUGAUUUAGGACUGUUUUUCGCACCAAUUGGCAACACCCCCGUGGUCACGUGAUCAAAAUUGGAACUCUUGGUGACUACAUAUUUAUGACGGCUGCAAUGUCCCGGGGU